AUGGCGGCGAUACAUGCUCCGAAGUUCGCUCGCAUUUUUACGUUAUAUCUUGUCUUGUAUUUGAUUUUAAACUUCCAAAAUACUGGUAAUUCUAGUGCUAACAAAGCUAGCUUUUUGUCUAUUGGAAGUGGAAGUGAUAUAAAGAUAUUUCCGAGGAGAAACGAAGUCUUGGACAGGCCAACGUAUGAUGCAAUUUGUAGGCAACCAGUAGAACGGAAAGUUAUAAAGGUAUUGAAAUUAACGAAGAUGAUCUUAUGGACUGGAAGUCUUGUAUUACUUGCUGGUGAUAUCUGUCCACAACCUGGCCCUGGAGCAACUAAUACUAUUUCAAAAAAAGUCUGCUUUGAUGUUAAAUCUAGAGGGUUAAAGAUAGCACACUUAAACAUUUGUAGCCUUCUAAGUAAACUUGAUGAAUUGGCG